UGUAAAGAAAGAAAAUGAUUUCUUUCUUUAAUCUGCAUACGCGCGCGCACCGUUAGUUCGACAAUUAGCCGCGGCGCGUCGCGUCAAGCUGGCUGUCAUUGUCAAAGAAGAAUUUGCAUGAAUUGGUGUUUUUUGAUUAAUAAAGUUAAUUGUAAUAAGUUUAAUUAGUGCAAUCGAGAGGUGAUAACAAUAAACUUUUAUUGUCGUUUCUUUGUUUACAGAGCAACAAAUUGAAGUUUUAUUUCUCCUCUUGCAAUAAAAAUUAGUAAUUGUCUUAUAAAACGACAAUACUUGUUUAGAAUGGCACAUAGAUUGCAGUUUGCAUUUAGAUAUGACGCAUCACAAACCGACAGUAAGACGAGUGUGAUCGCCAUAACCUCAAUUACAACAGACGACAACAAAAAGUACAUACUGCCAGACGCUGAUACAUAUGCGAGUCGCCACACAGCACUAACUAAGACAGAAACCUAUAAAAGAGUGAAAAAAAUUCUUGAGACAGAAAAAAUUGAAAUAUUACUUACAGAUCAGUAUCCAGGAUUAAAUUCAAAAGAAUUCAAAGAAUUUUUGAGAGAUAAUGAUGUAAAACUAAUCUUUACUGCAGUUGAUAGUCCGUUUUCAAACGGACUCAAUGAGAGAUUGAACCAAACGCUGGUUAAUAAAAUGAGGUGCAAAAUAAAUGAAAAAACGGAAAAGAAAGCCUGGACAACAAUUGCAAGGGAAUGUUUAGAUAAGUACAAUGAAACCGAGCACUCAGUGACAGGUUUUGCACCAGUAUAUUUAUUAGAAGGAAAAGUCACCAGCAUCUUGCCACAAGAACUACGACAACCAAUAGAUACACAAACUUGGAUCAAAAAUAGAAAAGAAGCACUAGAAAGUACGAUCAGAUCACAUACAUAUAAUAAGAAAUUAUUUGAUAAAGGCAGAAGACAAAGUGAAUUCAACAUAGGGGAACUAGUAUAUAUUGAAAACGGAAAUAAAUUGAAUAGGAAAAAACUGGAUAAUUUAAGAAUCGGCCCAUUUGAAAUAACAGACAAAAUAUUGAAUACAAUAUACAAAAUAAAAACAGGCAGAACAAAAAAGGAUACAAGCCUAUACCAUAUAACAAAACUUAUUCGAAUGGAAGACAAUAUAAGUGAUUUAGAGGAUAGUGCUGAAUAAUAGAUGCAAUUGUAAUGAGAACUACUGAGUAAUUCUCACCCUGGAGGAGGGAAAUGUAAAGAAAGAAAAUGAUUUCUUUCUUUAAUCUGCAUACGCGCGCGCACCGUUAGUUCGACAGUUAGCCGCGGCGCGUCGCGUCAAGCUGGCUGUCAUUGUCAAAGAAGAAUUUGCAUGAAUUGGUGUUUUUUGAUUAAUAAAGUUAAUUGUAAUAAGUUUAAUUAGUGCAAUA